CUAAGUUUUGGGUCUAUCCCGCAUAUCGCGACUAGCCCUUCGCCGUUGCGAAAGGUGCCGGUAGUGCGCGCUUUUUUGAUCGUGAUGUGAAGUGUAUGUUGUAUAUUGACAGUAACUGAAGGUAUGCAGUCGGCAUAAGUGACAACGAUGAGUGCAGAAUGGGAUUUUCGCUGGACAAAUCAUGGCAAGUCGUUGCUAGUGCGUUUGGUGCAUUAUGCGUGUCUUCUAUUUAGCGUAUCUUAUCUGUAUGUUUCGAACAAGCUUCACGAAUCAGAUAAGGCAAAGAGACCACCGGGUAAUAGAGAUGUUGUUACAGUUGACACUGUAGCCAUUGCUACGAGACUGUUUGUCAGCAUGUGUGCGAGACAUACAAAAAGUGACCCCCAUUCGUUGAUUGCCACAUGGCCGAGCAAAGCGGCAGCACCGAAGACUAACCAGGUCACCGGACACGACACUACAGAAGCGACGGGAGCCACAGCUGAGGCUCUUCGUAUUUCCAUACCUUUAGUGGAAGCCAAGCUUUCGCGUCUGGCUCAGCGGACUUGGCGUCCUGCAAGCCAAUAUUGGAUGAGGCGGUAUACUCGAACAACAGCGGAAAGACUAUGAUGGAGAAGUUUUGCAGACGUCGAACAUAGGCUGAUCUAGCCUUUCGCCAUUGCAUAUUGACAGCCUCAGCUUGUGGGACUCAGAGUUGUGGUGGCGUGAAGAUACAGCGAAGCAAUAAGGAAAUGGCAAAGACGACGUGG